CAAAAGACACUAUUCGAAUUUCGAUUUGACAAUUUUUAUGAAGCAGGGCCUGAAACUUUGUAAUUGUUUAUUGACAGUAAUGUUAUUGUAAAUUGCAAUGUUCGUAUUGUUUUAUUUGUAAAUGUUUUAGUCUUAUUCAAAUUGUGUGCUACUUUUUUCUUGCAACAUGGGUGCUUUUACAAGCAGACAAAAUGCUGGUGUUGAGGAAGCUGACGUAGUUUCCAAUCAUGCAUAUAAAUAUCCUCCAAGAUCAGGUAACUACUUUGGAAGCCAUUUUAUUAUGGGUGGAGAAAGAUUUGACACACCUCAGCCAGAAGCAUAUUUGUUUGGUGAAAAUGCUGAUUUGAAUUUCCUUGGCAGUAGACCAACACCAUUUCCAUACCCACCACCACAAAACAAUGAGCCUACAAAAACAUUGCGGAGUCUCAUCAACAUACGCAAAGAAUCACUAAGAUUUGUCAGAUGUCCUGAGCCAGUUGGCAAGUUAAGUGAAAAUAAGAUUGGUGAUGGACAAAUUAAGGCAACUGAGAAUGGAAAGGGCACAUAUUACAAUAUGGAGUUCACAUUUGACUGUGACGUAAGAUGUGCUAUUACUAUAUACUAUUUUUGCACUGAAGAGGUCACUCCCACUGGUAUUGUGUAUUAUCCACGGGAUCCUUCAAUGACAUCACAAACUUAUCACUAUAAGAAAGGUGCCAAUCAACAAUUCUGCCAAAUCUCCCAUGUGUUUGAUCCUUCCAAAUACCCUGAAGAGGAUCUUGUAUACAGUGCUGAUAGAGAGAUCAUUCCAGUUGCCAUUUACUGUGUGGUUGAUGAAGGACAAGAUGAAAUACGACAAUCUCAUACAACAAUAGCUAUUGUGGAAAAACACUCAGACGGGAUGUAUGUCUUGAAAGCACUCAAGCAAAAGUUGUUUGUGGAUGGCCUAUGCUAUCUGCUACAAGAAAUAUACGGUAUCGAAAAUAAAAAUCUUGAUACUAAGCCAACUUCUGAUGAGGAAACAGAAGACGGUGGACUGGAAUGUGUGAUAUGCAUGUGCGACGUGCGAGAUACGCUUAUCUUGCCGUGCCGGCACCUCUGUCUGUGCAACUCUUGCGCCGACUCUCUGCGAUACCAGGCCAACAACUGUCCCAUCUGCCGGGCUCCGUUCAGAGCGCUGUUGCAGAUCAGAGCGCUGCAGAAAAUCACGUCGCCCAAUGUCGCACCUCUCGCACAUUCCACUAAUCCACCUGAUGGCAGCAUGGAGAACAUCCCGGCGGGCUACGAGCCGGUGUCGCUGAUCGAGGCUCUGAACGGUCCGCGCCGCUCGUCCCCCGCGACCCUCGCCCCCCUCGCGCCCGUUCUCUCCAGUCCCAACACAGACACUCUCUCACAGCAAGCUGCAGAAGUGUUGAACCGGUCUGGCGUGGAGCGUAGUUCCUCCACCAGUCUGGUGAGCCGCCGUAGCGUGGCAAGAGACGAGCGGGACACCAGAGACACGCGCCGCGAACGACUGUCCUCCCACCCUCUCGCUCAGACACAGCUCGCACCAGAGUUCCGUAUGUCUGUGUUGCUGGCCCGUGAGGACGCGAAGAUGUCGCAGGAGAAGGCGGCCAGUCCCCUGCUCUACUCCAGCAGUAGUGUACCCGAGAUACUUUCCAAGAGCUCGUUGACUUCGCUACACCGCUCUGAAGAAGAUUGCUCGUGCUGCGGCGAGGGUGAAGGCGAGGGCGAAGCGGAAUGCCCCGCCGAGGGUGAGGCCGCGCCGGACAGCGACGCGGAGAGAAAGUCGCCAUUGCUCACGCACGCGCACUACAAUGGGAUCCUGUACGGUAUGAGCAACGGGUCGCUGUGUACAAUCGACAGUGUGGAGUCGCUGCAAUCGGGCGGGCCGCUGCCACACAUCGAUGACCCGCAAACCGGCGACCUCGACCACAGGCAAUCGACACACAGCGAGGCGACGUCGCCCGCGCUCGAUGACUCGGACUAUUUCACGCCGGAGGACACGCACACCACCAUACUCACGGUGCCCGAGCGAACAGAUAUAAGUACCAAGAAGGUGGGCGAGUGUGCACCGCAGCGCUGGGCGUUGCCGCACCACGUGACAUCCCUGCCAGGCACUCCACUCUCUCAGUCGAGCGUACGCUCGUCCGGUGACUCGUACAGCUCCUCGUCGUCCUCCCGGCAGCUGCUGGCGGGCGGCCCCGCCCCCGCCCCCGCGCCGCUCACGCCCUGCUAACACACACACACACACACACACUACAAUAGAUAUACUUUGGAGUUUGAGUUGUAUUCGAACGUAGAUGCUACGUCUAGUGUAGGGAUGAAAUAUAUUGUUUCACUUAAAGUUUGGGCGAGUUUAUUCGAAUAAUAUUAUUUGUUAAGAUGUUUAUCAUUAUAUUUUUAAUAUUUAUAAGUUAGUAAUUAUUGUCCAGCCGACUAUCGUGCGCGAGUUCUCACCUGCGACUAUGUUCGAUGCCGCCAUUUAGUAAAUCGAGAUCUGUACCUUUAUGAUAGCUAGACAGCUAGAGACUUUUUAAAUUGGAAGAAUUAUUGGCGUUUGACAUUUGUGAUAUAUUUGUUAGUAAGUAAAUACGUAUGAUUUUUAUUUAUAAGGAUAGAUUAAUACAUAUAUAUGAAAAUUUCAAAAUGGCGGAGAGGAAGCAAUGAUCUUAUUGGGUUUUGAUUUAAGUGUCAAAAUAAUUUUAAAAUUUAAUAUCUUUAAACUAUAAGGAUACGUUUUGCUUUAUGUGAUUUAUUUAAAUUAACUUAUCUACCGUAAAACAUAGCUCUAUUAUUUAUCAGACUUCUAGGGUUUUAACAAAAUAUUAUUGUCUUUAACCUUUAUAUUGGGAAGUGCUUUCGUUUUGAUUGAAAACUGGGACGUAACUGUGUCAUUAAUUACGUACGUAAUUAUCCGGGCAGAAAUAUAAAAAAUCCACCUCUGCAAUAAUUUUCAUCUGUAAAAUAUCCAUCUAGAAAUUUUAAAAAGAAGUCAAAGUUAUUUGUUUAGAUAAUUUAUACAUCUAGAUAGUCUCUUGCUGUUAGACAACCGAUAAAAUAGGCUAGGAAUAUUAGUUUAGUGUGCGUGACAAGCUACGUGUUACACUCGCGAUUUGUAUAACACUUUGUGUUAGUGUGCGUGCGUCUAUUUUUUCGACGUUUUCGCAGCUGUCAUAGUGAAACUAGACAUAUAAAAGAUCCAAGGCUUUUUGCAUUCUAUUCGUGAAAUUACAGUUGUUUUUGAUAACAAUAAUUACAUUUUUAUUUUCAUUGUACCUCUCAGGAGAGAUACGAAUUAUUUGGUCGGAUGUAUUGAGGAUCUCGGCCUUCAAACUACACUCUCUUUGUCUCAACCCCAUGGUAAAUCAAUACGCCAAAUCUUGAAUUUUAUCUAAUUAUUAGGCACAAAACAGAAUCUGUACACAGAAUGAUCAUAGUUAAUUGUUAUACAUAAACUUAGCAGAGCUAUGAAUUAUAAGACCACAGAUCAUAAUUAUAUAGGUCUAGAUAGACUAUGACAGCUGUGAAAACGUCUAAAAAAAUUGACGUUUGAAUUACUAACCUUUACUUUUCACUACCAAUUCACGCACACUAACACAAAGUGUCAUACAAAUCGCGAUUUGACGUAGGUUGGCACGCAAACUAAACUAAUAUUUGCCUAUUUUUUCGGUCGUCUAACAGCAUCAGACUAUCUAGACAUAUAAAUUAUCUGAGUAUAAGACAUAGUUCUGCCAUUUUUGUCGUUUACCAAUCAAUUUAUCUAGUAAAUGCAAAUAGUAAUAUGAAAUAAUGACAAACAAUAAUUGUUACAAUAGAAAUUUUAUUAUACUUAAAUUAAUUUAAAUACCAUACUGAUACUAAUUUAUGUCGAAAAUUAUUAAAAAAAUUCAUACCUAGUUAGAUAAGGGAAAUGUUUUGCUUUUUGUAGGUUUGUAGUAAUGUAAAUAAAAAAUUACAUUACUACAAAAUAUUUACUUUAUGCUCGAUAACAUUCAUACUAAUAAGAAAAACUCUGUUAUCCAAAUGUCUAAAUAGUGCUAGCACUGUAUGUUCAAAAAUUACCUUUGUAUUUUUGAUUUUUUAACUUAACAUUGUUUUAUUUAAGAUAUAUAUUGUAUCCUGUUAAUAAAUAAACACACGAUAAUAUGA